UGUCGGCGAAAAAGGACGCGUUGAAAAAACCUACAGGGAAAGCAACCGCGCAAUCGCUGGUAAGACAUCGCUACAUGUUAACAACAAAUUUCGGGCGGAUGUGGAAUCGGGCUUCCAAAAAAUCGUAAGCAACUUGGUUGACCUUCCUUCUGAUGCAGUGCAGGAUCUUUCAGUAGGAGACUGCCAAAUGAUCGUGGAAACAAGCAGCAAUAUCUCCUGUGAGAUUUCCUUCAGAUUGCGCAGCCUCAACAUGACUGGACCCGAAACCAUUAACAAAAGUGCGUCAGAAAACGCCGUUAGUGUCAUGGAUUCCGCGCAACAGCUAGAAAAAGCUUUGGCCAAGCUGAUAAACGAAUCCGUUACAAGAGGAAUUACUUUAAAUGAAAGCAGCGUUCUCUUAAAGUUAGACCCAGCUUCAUGGAGUGUUGGAAAAUACAUCUCUCUUUGCCCUAUUGGUACAGUACUCUAUGGAAACAAUUUCGUUUGCGUCAAUUGCCCACCAGGAACCUAUGGGGGCAUAAAUGGGACGUUACCCGCUUGUUUCCCUUGUCCCGUGGGAACGUUUCAGCCUGAUGAAGGACGAAUGUCAUGCGUUCCCUGUCCUGCUGGUUUUACUUCCAGUAGAAUGGGAUUGGAGGAUUUUUCUUUCUGCCAAGAUCUGGCACAAGACACGACCACGCCAAGAGCUAGGACAACCCAGUGGUCAGAUGUCCCCACAACUUUAUCAAGACCAUUUCCCACUGCCUCUUUGACUACCUAUGAAGAAACUUUAUCAAGACCAUCUGCUACUGCCUCUUUGACCACCUAUGAAGAUGAUGUUAGGACUGUGCAGCCUAAAGGUCUGAAUUUUCAGAGUUACCACGAUGUUUCUUCCAAAUGGAAAAUAGCCUUUGGAGUUUCCUUGGUUAUAAUCAUCAUAUUACUGGCAGGAAUUCUGGUUUACGGCAUGAACUACCGCGUCAAAAAAAUCAGACGAUUCGGAUUAUCAAAAGAUGAUUCCAACACGAGUUCAAAGAGUAGACAAACAUUCCAGAAUCCUAUUUACGACGAUAGUGAAGUUCAUGGACAAGUAUACACCCAGAGAAAUCUCACUUACGAGCUGACAGAGAAUUCGGGUAACAAGAAAAUGGUUGCAGUGGCUGAAAAUGACAAGGUCCCAUCCCAGAAUUCCAUGUGCAGUGCAUCAAAAGUUGAUUAGCAAGAUCCAUUGGAAUGUGGCCUUGUCAACGCAGCCUACCAGAUGACCGGCGAUACCGACAGGGAGAUGUAACGCUCCCUUGAAAGAUUACAACGUCUGCUGCCGCUAAAUAUCAAGAUAGACUUUGAUACUUUUAUCCCAGUUGAUUUUUUGAAAGGCCUAUUAAGUUUUUAUGUAUCAACAGUCUCUAAUGAGACAGGCUGAAUACUUUCGGUUGCUGAGAACAUUUUUUAAAAUAUAUAUGCUUUUAAAUGCAAUAAUAAGGAACAAAUCUAGAAAAUAUACUGACUUUCAAUUCAAAGAAGUCAAUUUAAGCAAAGUUAGGCUGUUAAUGAGGUCUUCGAAGAAACGUUAUAUCUAGAGAGAGUGUGAUUUGCACGAACUUCGCAUCGGAACUUUGUCUGCAAAGAUAAAAAUCUUUCCAUGUAUUUCUGGCAGACGAAAUUUAAGAUAAUUUUUCCGCAUACUGUCUCGUCGUAUAGUGAGGAUUCAUGCACUGCUAAAGAGGCAGAGAAACUAUCUGCCCAAAUGUUCAUUAGGGCUAACACUCUUUACAAUGGAAAGCUUACAGCCACAAACCAAGAAUUAUGGCGUAUCAAUGCAAUUCCAUUUAA